CUAACUUAUUUUCUGUAGUAAAGGAGACAUUUUUUUGUGAGAGAACUGUAUUUAUAUUUGUAUCACAAAAUUGUUAUCCUAUUUUAAGAACUUCCUGUAGUGUCUGCGAAUUUAUUGUACACGAAGAAACUGAACACUUUAUUCAACAUAGUAGGGUAAUAUGAGGUUAUAAAAUAUUCAGUAAAACAAACGUUUGUUUUCGUUUAAUUUGUGUGUGUAAAAUUAUGGAUAACAUCUUUACCGUUACCAAAAAACCUAAUAAAUCAUUUGCUACAAAACUCAAUGUUUUUAAUGAGAUUGAGAAGUCAAUUAUAUGUUCAGUAUCCUGUUCAAAUGUUAUUGCUUUCAACACCCAAUGUAAUAUUGAGGAACACAAUUCAUUGCUUUUCAGCUCUAAUGUGUAUAUUUGUGAUCUUAAUAGUCCAUGGCAGAUUCACAAAAUUUUAUGCAAUUCAUCCCCAGUAACAGUGCUGCAAUGGGAUUUUACCGGAGAACUUUUACUAAUAGGAGAUGAAAAUGGAUGCAUUAGGAUAUAUAAAAUAAAAGACCACAUUUUAAAUGAUUGGAAUUUAUUGUUGCAAACAGUCUUUCCAGGAGAACAUAUACUUGCUGCUGCUUUUUUCCAUCCUGGAAAGAAAGUUUGUUUAAACACAGAGAAAAAAGAUUGUUCAAGUUAUUUGGAAAAAUUUCAGCAUGUAAAGUUUGCAUGUUCAGUAAAACAGUUUGGUGGGAGACCAGCCAAUGGUGCAUUAUUGUUGACUACAACAGGUAUGCUAGCUGCUGUGUUGCUACCUCAAAAUGCUAGCCAAAGUGGAAUGGUUAUUACUACAGAAAGUUUGGGACCCACUAGAAUAUUUAUUAAAACUGCAGAUAUUUGCUAUGGAAAAAAUGGACACUUUUUGGUAGCUGUCAGUAGUGGAGAUUCAUCUAUGCCGAUUCAAUGCUACAAAGUUUCUGUAAUUAAGGUUGAAGAGAAAUGUAUUAUUGCCAGUCAAUCUUUAUUGAGUUUCUUUUUGUUUGAAGCCCCCAAAGAAGUUCUUUUCGAACAAAUUGCUAAAGACAGAAAAUGUACCGUAAGUCACUUAAAGUGGAUCAUGAGAGAAGAUGCGGAUUCAUUAGUAGUUGCUGCGAAUGGAGAAAAGAUGAGUUGUUUACAAGUUUGGGAGUUGAGAGAAAAGGCAUUACCAAUACACAAGUCAUUUGGAAACUCGGAAUCAGCACAGUUUUUCAACACGGUGUUAUGGCAGUAUCAGUGUCACUUUCAGUAUAAUCACAAAGUAACAGCACUAACUACAAGCAAGCUAAGCCUUAUAAAUAGCAUAUCUUGUGGGUACAUAGUGGUUACAUUUGCAGACAAUACAAUUCAUUGUUUGUACAGAGACACAUUGAAACCCAUUGUUAGUACUACAUUGUCUACUGUUCAUAGAUAUAAUGAAGAACCUCUAGGUAAAUUUCCAAGGACAAGUGCAAAAAUAUGUAGCAUUGACACCUCAUGGCUUGGAAAUGUUUUGUUGGUGGUUGAUUCUGAUGAUGGUUUACAUUUAUUUAAGUUGCCUCCUCAAAUUGAGAGUUCAGCAACUCUUAGUGUGCCAUACUGCACAACUAUUCUUGAGUACUGUCUGAUUUGUGGAUUGGAUUGUUUGGAUUUAUUACUCAUUGUUAGACCCAGCAUGCUAGAAGCAAUUUCUGAAAGACUCAUAGAAAGUUUUAAUCGACAAACAGCACCAGUACAACAGUUUUUUUAUCUGCAGUACUUAUGUAUUAAGACAUCAUUAUAUAGGUUGAGCGCGAAUGGUCAAUCAAGGGCCAAUGAUUUGACACAUUUUUUGAUGUUGCAUAGUAUUUCCACAGCUUUUAAAAGUUUAUUAAGGCCUAGUGAAAUGAAUAGUCACGAAAAAAGUCCUGCCGAUUCACUUGCAGCCGUAAUAUCCGAAGGUCAGACUGAUGUUGAUAAAGUUUUGAUGCAUUUGGAAGCAAAAGAAUUCACAGUGGAACCUUCAACCUUGCAGAGCUUGCAACAACUUAUUCAGUGGAUUGCAGACUUGACUUUAAAUCUGCUUAUAAAAUUGCCAGAAACUAGACCAUCAAUUGGAAAAUCAUAUGAGCUUAUUAAAGACUUAAAAGCCUUAAAUAUUUUAAGGGAAAUGUUAGUUUUGAUACGGGUUUGGGGACUGCUCAGGCCUGCAUGUCUGCCGGUGUUUAUUAAAUCAGAUGCGACUUUAGAUAUUUUGGCAUUAUUGUUUAGAUUAUUGGGUCGGCUUAUGCAAAACGUCAAUGAACCAGAUGAUGCCUUAAUAGAUGAUUGUUGCUUACUACCUAAUCAGGUUCAGGUGCAGCCAAUGCAGCAGAUUAAUAACCGAACUGUAUUGGCAUCACCCCAAUUGGCUCAACAAACCUUCCCCCUACAGCUUAAAUACAAUAGCGAACCCGACUGCCUAAUAAGUAAUUCAGAAUCGACGGGAGGUCAGACCAUAGACUCUAUUCGUCAUUUAUUCUUGGGAAAGACGCCUAGGGUAGUGAAGCAUUGUGUUCGCUGCACUGGAUCGGCGGGUACAACCCACGUGACCAGAACUGCUGCCAUACGCGCAUGGGACCAAAGAUGGUUACGUUCAUGCCAGUGCGGUGGCCUCUGGAGAGUUCAAGUAUUCUCAUAGAUUUAGAUUAAGUGCAAAUGUUUAAGUUUUACUAAUAAAUGUUUUAUGAGUGUA